UGGAGAUUUACUUCAAUCGGCGUCCCUCUCUCCAUUUAUCUCGCUCGCGCGCUCCUCGCGACACGUACGCGUUAAAAGAUAAACACAGUUCUUUCUGGCUCACUUCUCAAUCUUCCGUUUCCGAUAACCGCUCGACUUCUUUUCUCGAUCUUCUCUUGGGUUAUGCCGUCGUAAUUAGUUAAUUAGACUCGGACACCAUCGUGCAUUCAUCGGAGCCGCCCAGGGGCUGCCGAGAUACUCUACCGUGGCUUUGUCUAUCACUCUGUGGAUACCUAAGAACCUACUAACUUGGCUUUGCUCAGAGCUAUUUGGUUCUUAUUCAUGGAGUUAUCCAAGGCUAUCAAAAGUCCACCUUCUUCCUAUAUGCAUCUAGAAAAACCAAUUAAAACCCCAAACAAGUUACUUCCCACCAAAACACGUACUUUGAAUGUAGCUAAACCAAAAAACCAUUUCAAAUCAAGUGUCAGCCAACAAAACCGACCUGUCGAAAAUCUCGAAAUUUCCUUGCCCACAAUGUCUGAUAUCAUGAACGCAUCCAGAGAGCAGAAUCUUGAAAUUCAGCUCAAAACAUUCGGGCCCUUUUUCAGGAUUAUAGCCAGAAGCUUGACAACCGAGAAGGAAUUGGGCCGGGCUGAGGGGUUGGUUAGGUAUUGGUUUGGGGGUAAAAUAUUGCAUUUGGAUUCCAUGAGGCUGCAAAGGGAGACAAUUGGGUUGAAGAAAUCGAUAUUUGGGAUUGGUUUGUUCAUCGGUGCUGUUGCAAUUAGGCAUGGAUAUGAAUGUGGUUGUAACAAGGCCGAGUUGCUUGCCAUAAAUGAUACCGAUCUUUACCACUCUAAGCUGGUGAGAUUUUACAAAAGGAUAGGGUUCAAUGAAGUGUAUGAGGUAAGAGGCUCAUCACUUGGGGAUGUGAGCCAUAUGCUAGUUUGGGGAGGUGUUGGGACAAGAAUGGAUGCCGAUCUCCAAAAUCUAUUGAUUAAAUGGUGUUCAAGAUUCAAGACCAAAGUCACCAAGAACUCUAAAAACUACCUCUGAGUGGUGAUUAAUUCGAUUAUUUAAGUCUCCAGCUGUCCACCUCUCUUGGAUUCCGUUUGUCUGAUUCUAUGACCAUCCGUUAUCAUCUACCUCGACCUUGUAGGCUUUUCUUUUACUUUGUUGUUUUCAUCCAUUUUUUUAUUAUUUUUAAUAUUGAGCCUAAUUGUUUAUUAAUGUCUUAAUCGUUCCCAGUUCAUGGGAGUUUACCAGCAAUUAGUUCAUGGGAGCUCGAUAAACUAGGUCUGUUAUCCACAAGAUUGAGUAGUAGUUAUUUUAGUAAGAUAAGAUAGGAAAGAUUCCGCCCUACUUCUAUGAAUGGUGAACACUAUUUCGGAUAUCCAUUGAAUAAUAAUGUUUAUAUAUUACAAUAUACUAUUCAUUUUAAACACAAAAUAAAAUAAAUGUCUU